GUGUGUAGAUGGAUGGACGACGGCAUUGUAUGUGACAUCACACCACGACUAAUAGGGGACCGACCCAACACGUACACCUUCACCAAAGCGCUGGCGGAGUGCGUCAUCCAGCAGGAGAGCCACAAACUCAACAUUGGCAUUAUAAGACCGUCUAUCGUAGGAGCCAGCUGGCAGGAACCCUUCCCAGGGUGGAUAGACAACUUUAAUGGACCAAGUGGUAUUUUCAUUGCUGCUGGGAAGGGCAUUCUGCGUACCAUGAGAGCCAGCAAUGACGCCGUGGCUGAUUUAAUACCCGUAGAUGUGGUUAUAAACCUCACACUGGCUGCAGGCUGGUACACCAGUGUACACAGACCAAAAACGUCACUAGUGUACAACUGUACGACAGGGGGCAUUAACCCCUUCCACUGGGGAGAGAUCGAGCAUCACGUGAUGUCCACGUUCAAAAGGAACCCGCUGGAGCAGGCCUUCCGUCGUCCCAACGCCAACAUCACCUCCAAUUACCUGAUGAACCAGUACUGGAUUCUAGUCAGUCACAAGUUCCCUGCAUUCAUCUAUGACCUCUUCCUGCGUCUGUCCGGACAGAAACCGCAGAUGACGCGCAUAUUCAACCGUCUGCACAAAGCCAUCGGUCUGCUGGAGUACUUCAGCAGUCAAGACUGGGAGUGGAAAUCUGACAACAUGCACAUGCUGAUGAGUGAACUCAGCCCGGAGGAUCGCAAGACGUACAACUUUGACGUUCGCCAGCUGAACUGGCCGGAGUACAUCGAGAAUUACUGUAUUGGGACCAAGAAGUAUGUUCUGAACGAGGAUAUGUCUGACAUUCCUGCUGCCAGACAACACUUGAGGAAGCUGAGAAACAUCCGAUACACGUUCAACACCGUGUUGCUGGUCUUCAUCUGGCGUGUUUUCAUCGCUCGCUCUCAGAUGGCCAGGAACAUCUGGUACUUCGUCGUGAGCUUGUGCUUCAAGUUCCUGUCGUACUUCAGGGCGUCCAGCACUCUGAGCCAAUGACCGCAGCGCACAGGAAGUGUGUGUCCUCUUCCUCCACGACUUCCUGUCCCACGCACAGAUAUUUCUUUAGCUUUCCUCACCGUCCGCUCGUCCUCCUUACCGCUCUAUUGAUGACGUGUCUGCUAUUUUUUAAAGUGUCUCCUUUUAUAAUGACUGUCCUUAAUACCGAUUAUAUAUGCAACUGCAUUUACAGUGUUUAUCCUUUUUAUCUGGUGGCCAUUCAAUGUCCAGAGAUGUUGCCUUUGUGUCUUCUGUUGAUUUUUUAGCUUCUUCACAACAGACAGUGUUCUAGCAAAGGACCGGCAUCUUUAUGGAGGUUUUUAGCACUAACCACUGAAGCUCUGCUGACAUCAGCGUUAUCUCUGUCUGUCUGUUUUAAUAUCGUGUCAAGUCUGCGUUACUAUCAGCAGUAACAAGGGCAUGAUCUCUAGUUUUCAUGAUCUCUACUAUUUUUAUUAUUUUAGGUAUUUCGUUCAGGUUUGUGUUUCUGGUUGUUUAAAUUGCAUCUUGUACAAAUGAUUAUUUAUAUCAUUUAACUCACCACAAUGUGUCACAUUUCACCCCUAAAUAGGAAGGCGGACAAAAGAAAUUAGGACAAGUCAGACUUAUUUGCAUUGUGUCACAAUUUAAGGAAUUUCACAAAUGGUCAUUCUUAAUGUAAUACAGCUUUUAUUUCAUACAGUACAGAAUAACUUAAUACAGUGUUUUUAUUAUUUAAAUCAGAAUAGAAUAGAAUAUGAACUAAAGGCAGAACAGCAAUAACGCCAUGAUCUAAUAAUACUACUAAUAAUUUUAAUUAUGUGAUCUGUGCUACAACAUUGAGAAGGAUCUGGGUGGAAUUCCAAAAAAAGUGACACAAUUCAAAAAAGGCUUUAUUGUCUAUAUGCAAAAUACAGUCUCAUUUCUUUUAUUUUAGGGGUGAAAUUAAAAGCCGGGGCCUCAUUUAUAAAACUUAAGUAAAUCUAAAGUAGAUUUAAUUCUUAAAGUUUGCGUAGACACAUUCAAGAGUUUCCAUAGGGUGUGUGUAUACACACAUUUUAUUGCCUAUUUUGUGUGUACGCAAUGUUUAUACAUCAGGCCCGUGGUGUUGUUUAAUGAGAGCACAUUAAUGUUGUGUUUGUUUGUACACACUGAGUUUACACCAUAAACAUCUUGAUGAUUUAGUGUGAGGAUUUUGCAGAUGGACAUACAGUUUCAUUGACCUGUAAAUAAUCAAACGUAUAUGAAUAUAAUACUUUUCGGAUGAUAUACAUACCAAAAAUGUACAAAUGUAUAUUUGCUCAUCUGUUUCCUGAAAGGACAGAGGGCUUCCCAUAUUUUUUUAAAGAAAAGGGAAAAAUGAUGAAAAAGUAUAUAUGUGUUGAUAUCAGUGACGUUUGUUUUUACUUUAGCUCUGUUUAAAGUGCCCUAAAAGUCCAUUUUUUUAAAGUCUGUUAAAUCUGUUCAAAGCCAACAGCAGAAAUCCUAAAACAAACAGUACAGUACAUGGAUUUUAAAAGGGAACGUCCCUCGCAAAUCUUUUUUCAACUUUCAUAGGGUUUUACAGCAUCUUGUUGGCAUGGCGACACCAUUUGGACAAAUGGUGCUCUGUCGUCCAGAUAGGGCUUUGGUUUUUCUACACUCCACCUAGUGGUCUUUUGCCAAAUUGUAUUUUUAGAUUGCAUCGAGGGGGGACGGACCCCACUUUGUAAAGUGUUUGCCUUCCGUCUUUUGUAUGUUUCGCACACAGUAUUCAUGGU